AAGAAGGGAACAGUCUUUUGAUGUAUGUUGUCUUGUUUCUCAACCCUCAACAUUCGAUCACAUAGCGAUGUGCAAAAUUUUCAAUAUUAAAGUGGUGUGACCCUCAUGAAAAUGGCCUCUACUUCGAGGAGCAAAAACACUUCAGAUGAGUGGUAUGAUCAGAUUACCAACUGCUUGAGAGAUGAAGGAAGUCUGGAAGAAUUGAGAAAGAAAUUUGAUCAAUGUAAAUCAAAUGAAGAACGAGUGAAUUUAAUAUAUAAACUUCAAAUCACACAAGAUGUUGUUCAAGCAAAUUUGAAUUUCAGAGAAAAAUGCGAAGAAAAAGCAGUAAAUCUUCGAAACCAAGGGAAUGCUUUCUUCCAGAGGAAGAAAUAUAAACAAGCACUUGAUCUCUAUACCCAAAGUGUUCUCUUCUCACCUUGGAAAAGUCACAAUACUACAAAUGAAAAUAAUGGUAACCUGGAUAAACCUCCAACUUUAGCUUUGGCAUUUGCAAAUAGAUCUGCAGUUUUAUUUCAUAUGGCAAAAGAUGAACUGUGUCUAGCAGAUAUUGAGCUUGCAUUGGAAAAUGGCUACCCAAAAAACCUGCAGUACAAACUUUAUGACAGGAAAGGGAAAUGUUACAUGCAGUUGAAGUGGGGAGAGGAUGCUAUUCAAGCCUUUGAGAAAGCCAAGAGUCAAAUAAAGAUAUCUGACUUGGACGAAGACAAAAUUAAAAAGAUAACGGAGGAGUUAGAUAGACUGAUUGAAGCUUGUAGAAAAAUAAAAGAUGAUCAACAGAAAAAAGUAAUGAAAACCCAAGCAGAGUGUAACAGAAGUCAUUCUGCUCUUCCGGUAAUAACAAAGCUAAGCAAGAAAUUUCCCAAUGCCUCUACUGCUGUUACCAUGGAAGAAAGUGAGGAAAUGGGUCGUGGGGUAUAUGCAACAGAUGACAUAGAUAUUGGGGAUGUCCUGGUUGUGGAGAAAGCCUAUAUGUCUGUGACCAUGCCAGGACUCAGCAUGUCAAAUUGCCACCACUGCUGUGAAAAAUUGUUUUCUCCAUUCCCAUGUCGUAACUGUGCUGGUGUUGGUUAUUGUUCUCGUCAGUGUGAAAUGGAAUCCUGGGAAACGUAUCAUUACGUUGAGUGUGAACAUCUUGCUGGUAUUCAAUCUGCUCAGCUGGGCCUUGGACAUCUGUCAUUUCGAAUGGUUCUGAAAGCUGGAUUUGAGUAUUUGAAGGAACAUAAGAACCAAUUUGAUAUUGUUGGUGAUUUGUUUGGAUCUGGCUUCAAUGAAGAUGGGGUUUAUGAUUCCAAUAAUUAUAAUGCAGUUUACAAUCUAGUAAAUCAUUGUGAAAAACGUACAACCACAGAUCUCUUAAAACGUACAAUAAAUGCUGUCUAUCUUGUUAAAUGCUUGGAGAACUCCACUUUUGUUUCAUCUACAGAAAAACGACAACAGGAUUUGAUGUAUAUAGGUGGUCACAUUCUGCGUCACAUCCAAAUGCUUCCAUGCAAUGCCCAUGAAGUUUCUGAAUUGAAGUUGAAAAGAACUAUGGUUGCUGAAUCCGUCGGUGAGGAAAUUGGUUCUGCUAUAUAUGCAAUGCUCAGUCUGUUCAACCAUUCAUGUGAUCCAGAUGUUGUCCGUCAUUCCUAUGGGGAUGUUUGUAUUGUAAGAGCCAUCAAGAAAAUUUCAAAAGGUCAUGAAAUUUUGGACAAUUAUGGAGCUGUGUAUGCAGUUAGUACAAAAUCUGAACGACAGAAAAAACUCUCGCAGUACCAAUUCGUUUGUAAUUGUCUCCCCUGUCAGAAUGUAUGGCCUAUGUAUUUCAGCAUACCCAGUGAAAUACCUGUCUACAAGUGUGAAAAAUGUGGCGGUGCUCUCUCCAAUGUCAACACCACCACAAAAACUGCUAAGUGCACUGUUUGUAAGCACUCUCAAAAACUGGCCAAGACUAUUCUCACCUUGGAAUGCUCGGACAAAGUUUUUCGAGCUGUCUUAGAGAAGUUUUUAUCUGGAAAUCAGGGACCAGAACACACACUUCAUGUGUUGAAUAAACAUCUACAAUUCCUGCAACAGAACCUUUGUUUACCGUGGCAGGACUUCAACAACUGCCAGGAGGCUAUCAAACAGUGUUAUGCAAUGCAAGCUAACUGUCAUGUAAUAGAUUAACCUGCUCUACAGCAAACAAACUUUGCUGUACUAUGCAGGCACUGUGCCAUGUCAAAAAAUGUCAUCAUUUGCUGUGAUAUAAAUCAGAUGUUUGUGAAUCACUAUUGGAAAAAGUGCCUACCAGUUUGAAACAUUUCUUGUUUUUGUAUCAAAAUUUGUCCUGAAGAUUUUCAUUGUGUUGACAUAUUUAUGCUGUUAUCUGUAAUUAUCUAAGUGAAUUAUUUAAAGAGAUGUUGUAUGUUGAAGAGUUCACUAAUGCUGUCCAACUGUAAAUUGAUUAAGACUCUACAUUGUCUUAUACAAUGGUUUAAAGUCUGCUAAGCUCAGUCAUCAAUAAGGCUUCACAAUGUAGAAUGAAAUAUUCUACAAGCAUGCCUGUCAGUUUUUUGUUUUUGUUGUUUUUCCUAUUUAAAUAAGAUGGCAUAUUUAUAUGUCAUUUUUAGAAAUCCAAUGAAAUUUCUUAAUAUGACAUAUUGGAAUGUAAAUGAGUAUCAUGAUGUUUUAUAGAGAAAAUCUAACCUAGACAUGGAAUGGAGGUAAAGAAAGUAAAUCAACAAGGCCAAUUAUUAUUUGUUAAGAAUGAGAUCAGAAUUCCAGCAGUCGAACAUGUUGAAAUUAUACCAUAUCAUACAGGUGUUAAUUUACCGGUAGGUUAACAUCAAGUCUGUUUCCUAUAUACCCUAAAAACUAAAAAAGAUGUGGCUAUUUUCUAAAAUAGUAAACAAAUGCAGUUUUUUUUGUUUAAGAAACUAGAGGCUUACUUUUAGAAAUAGUUUCAUGGAGGCCCAUGCAGAGCAAUUGGGGUAGAGUGUCUUUUCUGUGGACAUAACCAUGCUAAAGUAUUAUGUGGAAAGUUGAAUUUGUCGAAAUAAAUUUGUGAUUGUAGCCUGAAAAUACUUUAUUAAUUCAAUUAAUGAUGGGUCAUGUGAGCUACAUCAAAUUGUUAUUUUCUGUCUAAUAUGUGAAAGUCACAGUAAUAAAAUACAUAAAAAGGUAAGUCAUCAAAUCAACAAUCCUAUACUAAUGAAUUUAGCUGUAAGCUGCUUAAAAAUUAGCUAUGAAAUUUAUAUAUCACAUAUAAUAUAUUUUGUCCAGAAUGGUAAAAGCAGAAACUGUAUGAUUUAUGAAUAAUAAAAAAUUGGUUGGUUUUAGAAAUGGUUGUUAAAGAAUUAUGAAAUUGGAAGCAAUUUUUAACUUUAUUUCAAAUUUUGAAGAAGGAAAUUAUGUCAAAGUUGAAAACUGUACAUUUGAUCUUGUCCAGAAAUGAAAUGAUUAAUGAUGAGUUAUAGUAUCAUACAACACACUUAAAAAUGUAAUUUUAUAAGUUAAAUGGACAGGUUAAAAGACAGAGGAAUCCUUUUGUUUACCUCUUGCUUUUUUGGAUAAAUCAACUGCAAAGAUCAUUGUUUGAACACUUUUCAAGAUUGUACAGGAAAUUGUCCUGAAAUCAUGUUUACUAGCUUUGAAGUACAAUAUAUAUUUUUUGUGGACUUCAGUUAAAUUUUUCAGACAUUUAGUCACGUAGCCAAUUUACCUAGUUGUAAUGCAUUAGACAGAAUUUUUCUUUAUCAUUCUACUCCAGUAUUUGCAGAAUUGUGAAUUUAUAUGUACACUUGUAUUUUAAUUUUUACAUCCUGGCAUCAUCAGAUGCUAUCCUAUCAAGUAUCCGAUAUCAACAUUUGUAGAGUGUCUUACUACAUAAUGUGAAAUAAAUAUUGAUUUGUUGUGUUCAUGAACAUCAUAGUAGCUUACUACAAGAUCUUGUUACUUUAUUUUACAUUUGCUUGUGAUAAAUUCCAUACUAAAUGGUGCUAUUGUACUUAGCACUGAAGUUUUAGCUCAUCAUGGUACUUGGUCCUUAUAUAGGUGCUUGCCAUUUUAAUAUAUGUAGGCUUUUGUAUAAUGAACCACUUCUGAUAUGUAGAUUUUUCAUUUCAGAAUUGAUUAAAAAUUUCAUGUUGAUGAUAGUAUUUAUUUGUAUCUCAUUAAUUGGUGCUCUGUAAACAAGUCCUUAUAUGUAAGAUGCCAGUUGUGAAACAUUGAUAUUAUAUUAGUACACAACAUACGGUUUUGAUAUAAAAUUCUAAGCCAAAAUUGAUUUUUGUCUUUCAUUCUAACAGUAGUCCAUUUAUUGUGGUUGAAAUAUUGUAUCAAAAUUGAAUAUUAUGUUUUUUGAUAUGUUCCCAUAUGAGCAUGACAAAAGAUUAUUGAUGGUUUUAAUAUUCAAGUUCUUGAACAAAGUGUAAAUGUGGCACAGAUUACUUGCUUUUUGUCAUUUAUUGUACCCAGGUACUUGUAAUAGGAAGAUGUAAUUUUUCUGAAGUGUGGUAACUUUGCACCCUGGGAAACUUAUGCUGCAGUUUAAUUUUUGCCCAUUUUGACUUUUUGUAAAUUGACAAAUUAAAUAGGAUCUUUGAGGUGUAUGGGUUUGAGACAACAAGGUUCUGUUGUAUAUGUUAUUGAGCUUUAAUGGAAGUCAUUUUGAUGGGAGAGCACAGACAACACUAGGAUAACUUUGUCAGCGUUGUUGUGUCUUCUUCACAAAGGUAUCCAUUAUGAUUAAACCAAAUUAUAUGAGUUUCUAUAUGUGAAACUCAAGCUCCUGGUACAUUAAAACAUACUAACUUAACAUUAACUCAUAUUGAGAUCUGAAGUUUAAGAGAAUUAUUUCAAUUUCACACAAUAACUUGCAGAUGCCUUGGGUGUGUCAUUCUCAAGAGCUCUACAGGUAUGCUAAAAAUUGUAACCAUUACCCCCAUUGCAUGAUCACUAAAGUGGAGAUUUUAUAUUUGUUUUUUUCUUGGAUCCUUUUCUCUUGUCUAAUGUCGGUCUUUGUGUGAUUUCAGCUGCUAUGAGGAUGUAAAACAACACAAAUAUCCAGACUUGUACAUCAGUUCCUUUUGGAAAGUGUUUUGAUGAAAAUAAUGAAACCUUUAGUAUAUGAAACAGAGAUGUAUUUAGAUUACUCAAUGCACUCAAGGUUUAUUAGGACAUAUAUGUAAAUGGUACUAUGCUUCAUAUUAUCACGGCUUCUUCAUCUGAACCCUCCUUAUAUAAAUGUAAUUCAUUAUAAAAUAUUUCAUCUAUAUAUUGUAAUAUGUUGUCUUGACAUUGAGCUUUUUAGAGUGAUAAAUGUUUUUCUCCAUUUUAGAAUAAUCUGAAUUGCUGUCUCAACAAGUAUACACAUUUUAAUGUACCCUAAAGGGAGGUAAUUGAUUUGUCUACCUUUACUGGUGUUGAGGAUGAGACUACAGGUCACCUAACAAGCCUUGGUGAGUGGGAUUCCCCUGAAGUGUCCCUAGUUGAAACCUGGAUGGGGGCAGCAUGUUUUUUUAUUAGUUUUUCCAUUACACUAGUACCAAUACAGGGAAGGAAUUUUGGAAUAAUUUUUUUUUCAUUACUUCUAAAGCUGUUGUAAUUUAAACUGAUUUGAGUUCAGGUUUUAUAAUCAACAAGUUGUCAUGUCUUAUACCAAGGAAUUUCAAUGUUAGAUAUGUGUGCAAUAUAUAAUUUCAUUUCCUUUACAAUUUGUGAUGGAUUCAGCUUGUUGAGAAUAUAAUAGACUGUGUUGGAGAAAGUUUACUUUGUAGACCUACAUGUUUGGUGUGUUUUCAUUUAAUUCCUUCUUGUGUUCAAGUAUUAAGAAAGAUACCUUUAUUUGAUUUUGUUUUAACAAUAAAAGAUAACAGAAAUGCCUAA